UUUUCUGUCACUGAUAAAUGAUACAGAGCAGCCUUAGUGUCAGCCAUGGGGAGCAAACAACAGAGAAACAUUUGCCAUUUGGCCAUGGUCUAUUUUCUCUUGAGUUCAACUUCACCUGCUGCAGAUGGUCAGAUCAGAUUAACUGGGUCUGGGUCUACUCGGUGCUCUGGAAGAGUUGAAAUCUAUUACAACAACAUCUGGGGAACAGUCUGUGAUGAUGGUUGGGACUUAAACGAUGCUGAGGUGGUUUGCAGACAGUUGGGUUGUAAUAAGGCACUGAGUGCCUCUCAAUCAGCCCGCUUUGGUGAAGGAACUGGAAGAAUUUGGCUUGAUGAUGUGGCCUGUUCAGGAAGUGAGAGGUCUCUAACUCAGUGUAAGCACAGUGGAUUUGGGAAACACAACUGUGGACAUAGUGAGGAUGCAGGUGUGGUCUGUUCAGGUGUCAGAUUGGCUGGGUCUACUCUGUGCUCUGGUCGAGUUGAAAUCUAUUACAACAACAUCUGGGGAACAGUCUGUGAUGAUGGUUGGGACUUAAACGAUGCUGAGGUGGUUUGCAGAGAGUUGGGCUGUGGUACGGCACUGAGGGCCACUCUGUCAGCCCACUUUGGUGAAGGAACCGGAGAAGUCUGGCUUGAUGAUGUGGCCUGUUCAGGAAGUGAGAGGUCUGUAACUCUGUGUCAACACAGAGGAUUUGGGACACACAACUGUGGACAUGGAGAGGAUGCAGGUGUGGUCUGUUCAGCACUCCUCCCUAAGCCCAGCAUUUCCAUGAAUCCUGCUGCUAAGGUUACCUGGGUGCCGCUGCAGCAGCCCAGCAUCUCCCUAACAUCUCCUAACAGAGGGCUGGUCUGGGGCCCUGAAGGUGCACAGAUCACCAGGGGUUUCAGCUUUGUCUUCACCUGCUCCACUUCCUCCCAUUAUCCUGGAGGUGUUUUCCAUCUCAUCUUCUCUGGUUCAAACCUCAUCAACACAGAGCCAGCAGUCAACCAGUCAGCCUCCUUUUCCUUCCCCGUGGCUGAGUAUGAACAACAGGGCAACUACAGCUGUGUGUAUGAAGUCACACUGUCCUCGAGAACAUUCACUUCUACACAGACAGCACCGAUUAGAGUCGUCAUUAAAAUGCAUUUGUUGCCGCUGGUCUCUUCAGCAGCUGCUGGGGGUCUGCUGCUGCUCCUGCUAGUCUUGGUGGUGGUCUGUCUGGUCUACAAGAGAAGACGACGAGCCAAGCACACUGGAGCCCUCGUCCAAACUCAAUUGGCUGUCAGAGUCAGGAAUGAUUAUGAAGAUAACGAGUAUGAGGAUGAUGAGGCUGACUAUGAAAAUGUUGAUCCAAUGGACACCACGCAGAAACUCAAAGAGGAAGCAGGGAAAGGGGAGGAAGAGGAGACCAAUGAUUAUGUGGAGACAGAGAGCGAUGAAGAUCAUGAUUAUGAGGAAGCGGGCCCAAGUGCAAGUAUUACAAAGAGCAAUGAGGUCUAUUUCAGCGUAUCGGAAAACCGAGAAGAAGAAGAAGAAGAAGAUAAUGAAGAUGACUAUGAAAAUGUUGAUCCAAUGGACACCAUGCAGAAACUCAAAGAGGAAGAAGGGAAAGGGGAGGAAGAGGAGACCAAUGAUUAUGUGGAGGCAGAGAGCGACGAAGAUCAUGAUUAUGAGGAAGCGGGCCCGAGUGCAAGUAUUAUGAAGAACAACGAGGUCUAUUUAAGCAUAGAGGAAAACAGAGAAGAAGAAGAAGAAGAAGAUAAUGAAGAUGACUAUGAAAAUGUAACCAAGCCAUUUGGUGAAGAAACUUUGGACAUUUAUGGAGAACAGGAUAUUUAUCAAAACUUUUAAGGUGUCCAAUGGUCAACAAUGUCACAGUGGUUACCGUGGAUGAAGCACUUUUUUUUUGACCCUCUGCAAAGUAUUUAAAUUUUAGGGUGCUUUCACUUCUGUAGUUCGGCUAAUUUGGUCAAGACCAAUGGCAAAAAAUUAUACAUUGUAGCAUUUUUCACGUGUUUCAGUUCCUUUUCACACCACACAGUUUGCUCUGGUCCGAAUCAGCUGAUGAGUUGGUGAAAUGAAGUUAAAUGCAGCAACACAAGUCACAGCUAUUUUGGGCCACAACAAUCUCAACAAAAAGGCCAAGAAAUCCUGGAGGGACUGACAUUUCCUAAACUGCUCUUCAAUUGGUCAGAAUUAACAUGCAGGAAAAUUCAAACAGAACUCCCGGUCGUAAACCAAGAGAGGAGGAAAAGCCAGCAGACUACAUGUGUUUUUGCCUUCUACGUUUUAUGGAGAGACAACUGCAAGGGUUGAUUGUAGCCCUGGUCAUCAUGGCACAGCACAGCACAGCUGACUACGGCAACUAGUUUAGUCCAAACAUGCACAGUUCUUACAGUAGUUGGGUCUGUUCCAGGUUGGAUCACGUUCUCACCACAAACAAAUUCAAAGAUUCAACCGAACUAAAUUAGGCAGGUGUGAAAGUCCCCUUAAAGUGACUAUUCAAAUAGAUGGAGUAGAUACAUGUUAAAAUGAUGCUGAAGAAACUGCAGCAUGGUGCCUCAGGAGAAUCGGCUAUUCAUUCAAUUAUUUAUUAUUUUUAAUUGCAUAUACAGUACAG